AUGGAAGAAACAUCUAGAGAAAGAUUUCGCACCGGGGUGUUUAUUGCCAUUGUUGACAACAUAGCUUCGCAGCUCAAAAGAAGGGAGGCCUAUAAAAAUCUCGACACAAUAUUUAAGAUCUUACAAAAUCUAGAAGAGAAAAAUUCCAAAGAGGUGGCUUGUAAACUGUUAGGAGAAGUAUACAAGAACGAUAUUGAUGGACAAGACUUUGCCCAGGAAUGUAACCAUUUCAAACAAUACAUGGUUUUGGAGAACCUUUCUAAGAUCAAAGAAAUGUACGCCCACAUAAAAUCAAACAGAUUAGAGAACACUUUCCCCAAUUUGGAGGUCGCUCUCAGGAUAUUUCUAACCUUACCUUUAACGAACUGCACAGCUGAACGUAGCUUUUCAGCUUUGAAAAGAGUGAAGUCAGAAAUUAGAUCGUCAUUGGUUGAUGAAAAGCUAUGA